ACGGUUUAGGCGUCGUUACGGUUAGGAUUCACACAAUUCUAGAAGUUUACCAUCGUAGACUAAGUUAAGGUAAUUGUGCAAUUAGCGUGUCUUUAAUUGAUUCAGUAUGAGUGUAUUUCUGUGUAGCGGCUUUUAAAACAACAAUACGGGGGAAAGGAAAGUGGCUAAGGCAGCUGCUCAUCUUGAACAUUUUACUUGCUAAUUUAAAGACAAUGAAGAGAAAACUAGCCAAAAUACGAUUAAGUCCAAACGAAGAGGCUCGGAUAAUAAAAGAGGAAAAUGAAAGGAGGCGAAAACUUCGAAUACAGCAGGUACAUAGUGCGGGAGCAGCAGCGACACAUUGCACUGAGCAUACGGCAGGCUGUUGAGCAACGACGACAACAUGAGCUGGAGCAGUUGGGUAAAGACCUCCAGUUGGAGUGGGAGCAACAGCAGAAAGAGAAACUGGAGACCAUACAAAGACUGUACCAGGAGAGCCUUCAGCUUCUUGGUCAGGGUCACAAAGAUGCAAAGGAAAAUGAACCUGAUUUGGCAGCAAUUGCUCAAAGAGAAGCAGAAAAUCAUGCCAAAGCAGAGCAACGGUUUCAAGAAGCUCUGAAGGAGCUGAAAUUACAACGUCUUAAAGACCAGGAGAGGCAAAGCAAAGUUAUUGAUGCAAGGAAAAAGGCUUUACUAACAGAAAAGGAUCGAUCAGCUAAAGUAGCCAGCCUACCGCCACCGCCACCUCACCCCAUUGAGAAUAUUGAUUUAAAGAAGCCCCAUAUAGUGAAGAAAACAGAUGUCAGUGCCUUUGCUGCCACACACUACCAUAUGCCAGAGAGGACGGUGGACAGAGAGGCAGACACACUGCAGCUGUGUGCUCGCACAGAAGCUGAGGUGAAAGAGAAGAGACUGCAGGAUCUUCAAAGAGAGGAAACAAUAAGGAGAGAGGAGCAGCUGGAAAAGGCUCGUCACCGGGGGCGGCAGGCCCUGAGACGAGAACAGCUAGUGCAGGAUCGCCAGCGACUACUUGUGGAACUGGAGCACCUGCAGCAGACAGACCUUCUGAGAAGAAGACAACAGGUGUCUCAAAUGCCUCCUCAGAUCUUCCAGCCUCUUUACAAGAGACAGGAGAUGAGAGAUGAUUUCCAGAGGGAGAUGGAGUUUGCAUUUGAGGACAUGUAUACUGGAGAAAGAAGGGUCAAAGGUGAUCUGGUGGUCCAGCUUGCACCAGAGCCUCUACCAGCUUCAUCUACAGGCAGUCAGGACCAAGAGUUGGAUGUCACACUGGAUGAAGUCACCACACCAGGAACAAUAGGCACAUCACAUGAUGCUAAAGUAGAUACUGAACAGACGGAGAUGAAAACAUCUGCUCAGAUUGAAAAAAACAAACAUGCUCCAAGACAUGCCUUAAGAAAACUUCUGGAUCGAAUUAGGAACCAGAGAAACCAGUGGACUGAACUUAGCAGUCCUGUCUCCUCAGCUGAUUCACCUUCCACCAUCAGUGAUAAGAUCCCAGAGAGGGACACAAGCAUUGAGUCAGGUUCUCUGAACAGUGAGGAGAAGAAGAGGCCACCUGUUAAUGAACUUGAGUCUGACCACUCAGCAGUAGAGCUGGAGACAACAGAUCCUUCCAGUGGAACACACUCUCAACCUCCUGAUGAAUUUGCAAAGAGAAUCGAGGAAUUUGAAGAAGAACGAAAGAAAAGGGAGGAGGACCUGGAAUGGAAGAAGCAGCAGCAGGUUGAUUUGCUCCAGGAGUUGGAGGAGCAGAAGGUCAAACUGGAGCAGAUGCUGCUUGAGGCUCAGCAGGAGAGAGAACGGCUAAAAACAGCAGUCAACCAGGAAGAGACGAUAUACAAACAACAAUCAGAUCAGGGUUGGGAUGUUACUUUGGUCUGCCCUGGUCAACCUUCUGAGUUGGAUCCUCCUGCAGAUGAAAAUGAUCACAACCGCAGGAUCAGAGAAUACAAACAGUGGCUGCUCCAGCAGAACAGAGUCCACCAGAGAUCAGUAGAAGUGGCUCGCCAGCGUCUAGAGGAAUACCAGCGUACUCUUCAAACACGUCACAACAUGACUUCAAUGUCACUACUGCCACAGUCUGCUGUCACAAAUCUGGAACUCUGCUACAGACCCCUGCAUAUAUCUCAAUCUGUACAACCCCCAGCUUUUCAGGACACAUUUACCUCACCAAAGCCUUCACACAUCCAUCAUGAGGCACAAAGUUCCACAAACGCCUACCUAAAAGAAUCUGCUGUGCAGACUUUACCUUUUCAUCUUCAAGGUUCACAGAUUCUGCCUGGUGAAUUGGAAUCUAGCUCCAGAGUUUCCAGGGUCCAUGGACCAGAGUUGACUGCAUGCUUGUCUGAAAACAUAAUGGAGAAAGUGACAGAGCAUCUUCCAGAGAGAGUAAAGCUCACCUCACCCACGAUACAGACUCAGCCUCACAAAGCUUUUCCUGCCACUGUACCACUUCAUCCACAUCCACCUAAUGACCUGAGCCAAGGAAGUGGACCAAGCAUCAGAUACAGUCCAGCACUGCCUUCAGAUCAAUCAACGUGUAUUAUGCCUGGCCCUACAGUGGAUGAUAUGGAGCGGUGUAAAAGUGAGCUGCAGGAUAUCCAGAGGUGUGUGUGUGAGCAGAGCGAGGUGCUACAGCAGAGGCAACCACUGAGACCAGACCUGGAGAUGGAGCAGAUGAGGCAACAGAGGGAGACUCUGCAGGCUCUGAUCAAUACAGACACAAAAUCCUCUCUGAAAGCAGAUGCUGGGGGACAGGUUUCAGAGAACAUUCGUCAGACUCGUCUCAGGUUACUUGCAACACUGUUAAAAGCUGUAGAGGAGUCUAAUGGAGGAACAUUAUCACAUCUAGAAGAGCCUCAACAGAAUGAUUGUUUCUCUGAAGGACUGCCUUGUGACAAAGAGACAGAUCUCAUUGUUGAAACCAGUUCUACUGCAGGACCUGCAACACCGUCUUCCUACCUGUCAGGGUUUCUUCCGCCAGCUCGUGCAGCGAAGCCCCCGUUGACCCGCAUGAGGCUGGGAAUCACAGCGAUGAAGACCAAUCAACAUGAGCUCAGUGUUAUUCCAGAGGUGCAGACACCGGUCGACAGGAGCAGAUUCACAGGCUUGGAGAAUUUUGAGAAAGGUGUUGAUUGGGAUCUGCAAGAUGAAUCAGGUUUAUCUGUGGCCCGUGACAGGACACUACACACACCCUCUGUGUCCAGCGGAGAUCAACAGACUGCUGAAAAAUCAUCAAGCUCCAGCACCUCCAGCUACCUGAUCUGGAGAGAGAGACUGCUGACGGGUGCAUGGACAUCUCCAGAGUCUUCAGAGCCUGAUUCUUUAAGGAAGAAAAUCUCAUCUACUUCCUCUGACUCUUCAGGACCUGACGUCUCUGGUCCUUCAAUCACAAAGUGCAGAUCACCCCAGGAAGUGACGGGGUCAACUGAACAUUCUCCUCAUAGGCCUCCAGAGUCUGAUGGCUUUUCUUCUUCGACUCUCUCCACUGGGAGCUAUGUAACCACUGACAUUGAGCAAAACACGGACAAACCUUCGGUCAGACCUGGCGAGAAACAAGGAGAAGUUAAUGAUGUUUGGUCUUUAUCUGGUCAAAGGAUCAUAGUUAACGACACCUUGUCAGCAGCUGGUUUCAGUCAUGUUACUGAAGAGAAUUUGGAAGAAGAUCAACCUCAUGUUUCCCUCAAACAAAUGUCAGCUGCAGCUCAUCCUAGUUCCUUUAACAAGGAAACUUCAGCAGCACAUCAAUCGGGUUAUUUUGUUAAAGAGCAUUUGAUGACAAGUCAGCCCGAUCCCAUGGUAGAGAACACUUUGGCUUACGGUCCUCCUGGUUCCUUUGGCGUGGACAGUUUGACUGGAGGUCAUCCUCACUCUGUUGUUGAAGAAACUUUGGCUGCAGGUCUACAUAACCUGAUUGUUGAGGACACUUCGGCAGAUGGUGGUCCUGGUUCCUUUGAAGAAACUUUGGCUUCUCAUCCUAGCGUCUUUAAGGAGAUGUCAACUGCAGAUCGUCCCGACUCCAUCAUCACAGAUACGUCAGCUGCAGAUCAUUCUAGUUCACACGUUCAGGACCAACUGGAUCAUGCUCAUCCUGAUGCCCCAGCUGUGGAGUCUUUAUUCAAUGAAAGCAACAUCCAGAGAAUCAUUGACAAAUACAUGAAGGAGCUGAACUUCUCUCUCAGCACUGCUGGAAGAAGCACAGACAGUGAAGACUCAUCUGCAACAGAGUCUGGAUCUUCUGUCUUACAACCUUCUCCUGCUAAAAGCCCAGAGAAGAAAGACGACAACGCUGACAGUCGGCAGACUCUUCUUCCUCCUACAGCAGAGACACAAACACAACAUGAACUGUCACGUGCUACAGAUCCAGUCCUGGAGCAGUCAUCACAGGCUGAGGACUCAUUCAGGCCUCUGAUUGGUCAGCUUGCUGACCAGUCCUCUUUUCUGGCUGUUGACUCUGCCAUGGAGCAGUUGGUUGGGCAGCCCUCAGCUCAGUCCUCAAUGAUUGGUCAACUGCCAAGUGGGUGGGAUUCCACCCUGAGCCGAAUGUUUGGUAGACUCUCCCAUCAGUUCAGCUGUGGACAUGACUUUUAUUCUAGUCAGAGAAGUGGUCCAGUGUUGGCAGAACAGUCGACCACCUGGAUGGACGAAGGGCGAGAGGAAGGUCAAAUGAGGCCACUGGCUGCAGAGCCAGACACUGAUCAUAACGGUGGAGUCUCAGUGAAUCCUGGUGUCUCAGCUGAAACCUGCUCACCAUCGUACCCAGCGCUGCCUCCUGAGGCUUCAACUCCCAGCACAUGUCUCCCAGGGGAGGAUCACCAUCCAGAGCAGCAGAUACGGCAGAACCAAUCCAGUACAACAGAGCUCUGCCCAGAGAGAACAGGAGUUUUUCCAGAUUCCAACUCUUUCCAUCCUCUGCUGGCAGAGGUCACGCACAAUGAAACUGCUGACCCCUCAGUGACCUUUCACCUGCUUGAACACAAAGGCUCUGACUUGCCUGAAGACGAGGUGAAUUGGGAGAGCAGUGUCUCCCGACCGUCUGAAGAGUCUGAGCCCAACACUGAUGUUUCUGUGGAGAGUGAAUCAUCACCUGAGCGUCCGCGGGAAGAGAGUUCCCUACAGGAGAUGAGUCCAUACCAGCCUCAGGAGUCUGUCCUCGAUAUGGAGGACACUUUGGGGACAGACGUGGAGAUCACAGCCUUAAAUCUGUCGAACCUGAAGAUGUGUUAUGAUGAUGGUGAUCCUGAAAAUCCUCAAACUCUACAUGCAGCCAGUGACGCCUGCACUGAAGGCAUGAACACUCUGCCCUCAGAGCUGGAGAGGGAACUGCCUUUCUUAGAAAAUAUAUUGGAUGUAUCUGGUAAGAAAGGAAUCCUGGAGCAGUCGGAGAUCACGCUGCUCAGUGUGACAGACUCCACACUGCAGGACCAGGAGACAACGGUCACUGAUGAUGAGCCUUUGGAAGACCAAGACCAAGUGGAGGAGAGUCAGGAGGCUGAGGCCCAAACACAACCAGUGAUGUCCCUGGAGUUUCAGUGGAACCAGGACAGAGGUCUGCAGCAGCUCAACCAACAGAAGUACAGAGCUCUACUGCAGAGGUCGUCACAGAGGCUGCAGGACAUCAAAGACAAACGGGCUCAGGUCAAAACCUCUAAGAUCAGAGAUGUAAAACCUGACAUCUGUGAGCCCGAGAACAAACCAGAACCUCAACAGAAGAAUGUGUCCGAGGGAGGACGAGCCGAGCAGCAGGACCAGGUCCAGAAGCCUCCUCCAGUUAGUGACUGCAGGCCAAAAACGACAGUGGAGUUAAAGAUCCUCACACCAGAGAAGAGAAAACACAACAUCUCUGAGAUGUAUCAGAGAACUCAGAGACUGUACGAGCAGCUGGAGGAGGUGAAACAGCAGAAAACCAUCAGAACCAGACAAGAGGCUUCUGCCAAAAACCGCCUGAAGGCCAUGGAGUUUCACAAGGUAGUGUGUAAGAGACACAGACUCCACUGCAACUGCACACAACUCUCUGCUAAAGACAACUCUGUUUCUACACCUCUUUACAGAAAACCUUACAGAAGCUACGAGCCAAGCAGACAAAGAAGUGAUGGGUUCAUUUAAUUAUUAGAUUUUUAUUUAUUUUUGUACAUUUUUAAAG